GGCACAAAUUAGGACUACCAUUGUAGGCAAAAUGGGGCGGAGCUUUAGGACCCUGGUGACGCCUCCGGCCGGUAUUUUUGGUCAAUUAUUUAGCUGGUUAUAAAACCCGCAGGUGGCCAGAAAGAGGUUAUAUAUUUGAUAAAAUCCCUCCCGAGAGUAUUCUGUAGUAAAAACUGAAAGAAGACAACAUGGACAGGACGGUCAGCCUUCCCAAUCAGCCCGACAAAACCACCACAGUGACUCUGGUUGAGAGCAGCAGCACCCCCAGCGGGCUGGAACUGGUCAGUUCCUACCAGACCAACAGAGUGGGAGACCCCAUGGACCUAGUGGCCCUGGCAUCUCAAGUACAGAAGGGAGAUGACUUCAUUAAAGCCAACGCUUGCAACAAACUGACAGUCAUUGCCGACCAGAUCCGAUACUUACAGGAACAGGCGAAAAAGGUUUUAGAAGAUGCUAAAAGAGAUGCUGACCUCCACCAUGCUGCCUGCAACAUUGUGAAAAAACCAGGCAACAUGUAUUACCUCUACCAGCGGCCAUCUGCACAGAAAUACUUCUCCAUCAUCUCUCCUAAGGAAUGGGGUCCAAGUUGCCCUCAUACGUUUGUCGGUGCAUUCAAACUCCAACAUGACAUGUCCUGGACUCCUGUAGACGAGGUGGAGAAGAAGGAUGCAGAGAUGGCCAUCAUGGACAAACUUCUGAGCCAGCAGACCGCCUUACCACCUUACACAGAACCCAACUUCAAGGGCCUCUCUGAUUAACGGACUGCUGAACUGGACUGACAUUUUAAAAGGACACAUUGUGGAUGCUAACUGUAGUCUUAAUGGACAUUUGGACAGAAAACAAUCCAUACAUGGAUUGGAAUCGCUGAUAUCAGAGCAGCCGUCACACAGUAUUUUGGUUUUAUACACUGACCUGAGUGCACAAUGCAUUACUACUUACUACAAGCUUUUGUUAUACACAUGAAUGUAUACAGUUGUCUCCACUUCCUCCCACUGUACAAAACUGAAGCCAAAAUAUCCCGGAUACGUCUCAUCUUGUAAUUUUGGUGGAAGAGUCUGCGCAGUAGUAAUCGGGGCGGUGGAGCUGCGGUAUCAAAUUCCCGCCCAUACACCCACCCGGCCAAUCGUGAGUCAAUCAUGAUGUAUCGCUCCGUUUUUAUAGCAUCAAAUAACUGAUAAAAACUACACUUAUCAACUUACACUUGAACCAACAUCAGCAUGAUCAGAACUACCUUAAAUGACAGAAACCACCUUUGGGGAAAAUGUAGUUGACGUGCACUUUUUUUUAAAGUUGGGUUCAUGUCCCAUCCACUAACAUGGAGGGGGGCGGGGUUUAUGACUGUUCCAUCCAAACUGCUGUUUUAGUAUUUCUGUUUUAGUAUUUCUGUCUUUCAUGUGUUAAUCGUGAAAGCGGAGUGACCUUGUUACGAGCACAGGAUGUAUCCCUGAGGGCAGAGCGCGUAAUGUGGAGGAGUGUGCGUGAACCGAAUAACUAACUUGACUCCCAACUCCUUUAAAAAGACACUGUUGUGAACAAUCUUCAGUCACUGUCUGUACUUUACUGUGAGUGCUGUAAACGGACUCCUUACUUGCAAGUAAAAACGAACUUCAGUGA